UCGUUUUCAUCCGUGCAGAACUGAAACAUGCGGACAGCGCCGGGGUGCUGAAAAUCUACUCUAAAAUAUGAUCUCGGACUAUUGAAAAUCGAAAUAUCUUCGGAAAUAAAAUUGUUUGGAGAUGUUUUUCGGUUAGGCCAUAUAUGAGGACUGCAUGUCCUGAAAACGUACAUUGUAUCGGUUUCAGUGGAAUAUUUGCGCACACAACAAUAGGACGGUUUGUUACAAUGGAGCCUUGCAAAAGGUACGUGCUGCUCGUUUUCCUUUUUGCACUUGUUCGUGAUAUAUCGUCUUCAGUGACUCACUAUUCGAUACCCGAGGAGAUGAAAGAAGGAUCAGUUGUUGCAAACCUUGCCACCGAUCUGAGCUUGGAUGUUAAAACACUGAAUCAGCGUAAGAUGCGACUCGACAUAAUUUCAAACAAGAAAUAUCUGGAUGUGAACAAAGAGACUGGGGAACUAUACAUUCUUGAGAAGAUUGACAGGGAAUAUAUUUGUACUACAAAGUCUUCAGCGUCUUGUUAUCUAAAACUGGAAGUUAUUCUCGAAAAUCCUUUAAGGAUCUUUAACAUAGAGGUAGAAAUUUUAGAUAUGAACGACAACGCCCCUCAGUUUAGAAGAGACGUCAUACAUUUAGACAUCUCUGAAGCUACACCAAGAGGAGAGAGAUUCUCUCUCAGUAAUGCAGUUGAUCCUGAUGUUGGAACUAAUUCGGUGAAAACAUACCAUCUAAGUGAAAGUGAACAUUUUAACAUUGAAGUUCAAACUGGAAGAGAUGGGUCUAAAUUUGCUGAAUUGAUUCUGACAAAGGCUUUGGAUCGAGAGCAGCAGUCUGCUCAUAAUUUGAUCCUCACAGCUUUAGAUGGAGGCACACCUGCCCGGUCUGGCACAGUGAGCAUAGUUGUCCAUGUUUCAGACACGAAUGAUAACGCACCUACUUUUAAAAAAGUUAAUUAUGACAUAAAAGUAAUGGAAAACUCUCCCAUAGGGAGUCUUGUUAUUCAUCUGAAUGCCACAGACUUAGAUGAGGGAUCAAACUCUGAUGUAACUUACGCAUACAGUUUAUAUACAUCAGAGAAAACACAGGAAACAUUUCACCUGAAUCCUUCCACUGGUGAAAUCACUGUUAAAGGAAUGUUAAAUUAUGAAGAGUUCAGGAUCUAUGAUAUGGAAGUUAUAGCGACCGACAGAGGAGCCAACAGUUUGUCAGGACAGUGUACCAUAAAGAUCCUGGUAGAGGACAUGAACGACAACCAUCCAGAAAUAUCUAUUAAAUCAUUUCAGAGUCCAGUCAAUGAAAACAUAGAGUUAGACACAGUGAUAGCUGUAGUCAGUGUGAGUGAUAAAGACUCUGGUGAUAAUGGAGUGGUUGAUCUUCAUAUUCCAGAUAAGAUGCCUUUCAAACUGAGAGAGUCCUCUGAUAACUAUUAUGAAUUAGUGGUGUCAGAGCCGUUAGACCGUGAGAAAGUCCCAGAAUAUGACAUCACCUUCACGGUGACAGACAGAGGCUCUCCUCCUUUAUCUGACAAUGAAACUAUGACAUUAGAGCUACUGGAUGUCAAUGACAAUGUCCCACAGUUCCCUCAGUCAUUUUAUACCAUACGUGUGAUGGAGAAUAACGCACCUGGAGCCCUGCUCAGCUCCCUCACUGCCUUUGACCCUGACCUCCAUGAAAACCAGUAUCUUGUGUAUUUCAUCCUGGAGAAGGAGAUAGCCAACACCUCCAUGUCCAUGCUGUUCUCCAUCAAUCCAGAGAACGGCAAUCUUUACGCACUGAAAACUUUUGACUAUGAGAUCGAGAAGGAGUUUCUUUUCCACAUCGAGGCCAGAGACUCUGGCUCUCCUCCGCUCAGCAGUAACGUGACAGUCCACAUCAUCAUUGUGGACCAGAACGACAACGCUCCAGUCAUUGUGUCUCCGUGGCGUGCACAUGGCUCGGUGGUGGAGGAGAAGAUCCCCAGGUCCACCGAUAAAGGCUCUCUGGUUUCCAAAGUGAUAGCUUUGGACACAGACUCUGUGCACAACUCAAGGAUUACCUACCAGUUUCUGCAGGUGACUGAUGCCACCUUGUUCAGUCUGGAUCAAUACAACGGAGAGAUCCGGACUAUGAGGAUGUUCAGCUACAGAGACCCGCGCCACCUCAGACUGGUUGUUGUUGCCAAGGACAACGGGCAGCCUGCUCUUUCUGCUACAGUCACCAUCAAGCUGUCCACGGUGGAGACUGCUGUGAAGACCUACUCUGACAUGACUGAGGAGCCUCUAGGAUAUGACAUCUUCUCAGACCUCAACCUGUAUCUGGUCAUCGGUCUGGGCUCGGUGUCGUUUCUCCUGCUCAUCACCAUACUGGUCACCAUCGUGCUCAAGUGUCAGAAAAGCGGGCCCAGCAAAGCGGCUCCUCCCUGCAGGAACAGUGUGAUCAGUGAGAGGAACUCCACCAUCGCAGACUCCACUCUGGUCUCCAACGAUGCCUACUGGUACAGUUUGUUUCUAGCAGAGACCAGGAAAGGAAAGAUGGUGGUCAGGCAGCCUGUGCCAAAGGGCUCCAGAUACAUCGUGUCAAGUCUACCGAGAGGAACAGGACUCACAGACAGUAGUGGCUCAGCAGCCUCCACUCUACAGGUGACUGACGCCACCUUGUUCAGUCUGGACCAGUACAACGGAGAGAUCCGGACUAUGAGGAUGUUCAGCUACAGAGACCCGCGACACCUCAGACUGGUUGUUGUUGCCAAGGACAACGGGCAGCCCGCUCUGUCCGCUACAGUCACCAUCAAGCUGUCCACGGUGGAGACUGCUGUGAAGACCUACUCUGACAUGACUGAGGAGCCUCUAGGAUACGACAUCUUCUCAGACCUCAACCUGUAUCUGGUCAUCGGUCUGGGCUCGGUGUCGUUUCUCCUGCUCAUCACCAUACUGGUCACCAUCGUGCUCAAGUGUCAGAAAAGCAACCACAGCAAAGCGGCUCCUCCCUGCAGGAACAGUGUGAUCAGUGAGAGGAACUCCACCAUCGCAGACUCCACUCUGGUCUCCAACGAUGCCUACUGGUACAGUCUGUUUCUAGCAGAGACCAGGAAAGGAAAGAUGGUGGUCAGACAGCCUGUGCCAAAGGGCUCCAGAUACAUCGUGUCCAGUCUACCGAGAGGAACAGGACUCACAGACAGUAGUGGCUCAGCAGCCUCCACUCUGCAGGUGACUGACGCCACCUUGUUCAGUCUGGACCAGUACAACGGAGAGAUCCGGACUAUGAGGAUGUUCAGCUACAGAGACCCGCGACACCUCAGACUGGUUGUUGUUGCCAAAGACAACGGGCAGCCCGCUCUGUCCGCUACAGUCACCAUCAAGCUGUCCACGGUGGAGACUGCUGUGAAGACCUACUCUGACAUGACUGAGGAGCCUCUAGGAUACGACAUCUUCUCAGACCUCAACCUGUAUCUGGUCAUCGGUCUGGGCUCGGUGUCGUUUCUCCUGCUCAUCACCAUACUGGUCACCAUCGUGCUCAAGUGUCAGAAAAGCGGGCCCAGCAAAGCGGCUCCUCCCUGCAGGAACAGUGUGAUCAGUGAGAGGAACUCCACCAUCGCAGACUCCACUCUGGUCUCCAACGAUGCCUACUGGUACAGUCUGUUUCUAGCAGAGACCAGGAAAGGAAAGAUGGAGGUCAGGCAGCCUGUGCCAAAGGGCUCCAGAUACAUCGUGUCCAGCCUACCGAGAGGAACAGGACUCACAGACAGUAGUGGCUCAGCAGCCUCCACUCUGCAGUACCCUAAAUGAGGGAAGUCCACUCUGCAGCUGGAGGAAUCCAGUACCAGCAGCGGCAGCUCCACGUAGAGCCACUCCUCCAACUGCAUACUGGAAAUACACUGAGAAGAGAGCUUUGCAGAGGAAAGAAGAAUCACUUGCUCAUAAACCCCCAUGUCUGUCCUGCUAAGUCUGAUCACCUACACAUCUAUGUGUAGCUGUCAUGCUGUAACACCAAAUUGGGCUAUGGUGGCAAAUCAAUGACACAACCCUCCCCCUCUCCCCUCUUUCUUCUUCAAGCACAUGAAAAGCCAAUCAACAAUGCCUCCUGUCCAUUCAAUAUGCAUGAAGAGACUGCAUGGCUUCAACCACCUCUCACACUCCACCUUCAUGUAUGCAGAUUUCAAGAGGAAAUACUCACAAAGAAGGAAACCGUUAAAAAAACAUGCACUUGUGGAUAUUAAGAGAAGCCUCCGAAAGACUGUAAGAAUGGACACAGGAAUGUUGAAAUGCCUUCAAGAGACUGUUUUCCCUCUCUAAAAAUGAAACAUGUUGGGUAUUACAUUUUCAAACUCUGUGCUUUGUGUUAACUUACAAGCUUUGAUGUAUAAUACAAGUUAUAAGAAGUGAAACAGCACAAAUAACUAAAUGUCAAAAAAAAGCACCAAGCAACGAGUUCAAAGUGUGAAACAUAAAGGACGCAUUGUUUUAUAAGUAUGGUAGCUGUAGCUAGUUUUAUGUUUUGUACUUGACUUCGUGCUUUUCAUGUGAGCUAGGCCUGACAUUAUAAGUGUGAGUGGGUCAGUGUUGAAUUAAGAUGACCAUUGCAUCAAACAGACAAAUGUGAGGCCUUUAGGUGAUACGUAUCUGCCUUUCAGUUGUUUCUGCAUGGGUCAAUCAAAGUGCUUUGAUAGCUUUAGAUAUCUUAAGGUCCAGAGCUAAUUUUUCACAUCAAAAUGGAGGCCUAGGUAUUAAUGGGACCACAAUUAAGACGUAUAACAGCAUUAAACCUGAUUCCUGAAUCAUAAGAUUUUUAGAGAGGAUGAGCAUAUGUCAUCUCAUACUUUUAUCUAAGUUUCAAGGCAGAAGGAAAAUACAGUCAGCAGAGGGACAUUAAUGUUGAUUCAGCAAGUUAGUUGGUUUAAUGCGUGUGUACAGUUAGCUUGAAGGCUAAGUUCAUUGGAAUAUUCAUAGUAUUCAUAUAUACAUAUUCAAAUUCAUUUAUUUGGAGGAUACAAGUUGUGGAUUGAGGUGAACAAAAGUAAACAGAGUCUUUGACAACAGAAGUCUUAAUAUCUCCUUAUGAUGACUGUACAUACUUACACUUGACCUUUUCUUACAUUUUUCAUCUUGAAAGCCAAAUUCUGGAUGUUCGUUCAUUUUGUAAUUUCCUGAGAUUAUAUAAGAAGUUGAAAACUCAGAAAUGAACAAAAAGUCUUAAUUUUUCCUCUACAUUUCGCCAAAUGAAAGCUGUGCUCAUGUGUAUUUCUGACUGCUGUAUGUAUCUGCAUAUGCAACACACCAUUAGGGAUACAGAUAUGAGUGUCUGUGUAUAUUUAUAUAUCAUAUGUCUGUAUCUAUACCGUAUAAACAUGCCUUUCUUUUUAAUACUAAUGCAGAAUAUUUUAAAGGAAACAAAAACUCUUAAACUCCUGUGCCAUUCAGUUUAUGAGCCAACCUGUGUGUGAAACUGUGAAAUAGGUGGACAUCAUGUUGUCAGACACAGCUCACGUUGCAUUACCUGUAUAAAGUUGUAAUGAUUUACAGCCAAACAUAUACAGUCAGUGUUUUUGUACAGUGAUCAUUUACUGUAUGGUGCAAUGUGUGGUGACUUGUGUAAUGUGAGCUAACUGUGUGCUUUGGUCUGGUCUUUAUGAUCUAUUAAAUACAAAAGCAAAAUAGAACCACUAA